AUGAGUGAUGUCGUCCAAUUCGGAGCCAUAGUUUCUACACUGGUCCUCUGUGUGGUGACGGUCCUCAGCCUCAUUGGAAACCUGCUGGUGAUUGUGAUCCUGCUCAAGUAUGAGAACCUCAAGUCCUUUACCAACUGCUUCGUCCUCAACUUGGCUCUGUCAGCCCUCGUGUUCACCUCUGGAUUACCCUUCCUGGCACAAUAUCAUUAUUUGGACCAGUGGGUGCUUGGAGACUUCGCCUGCAAGGCUCACGUUUUUGUGCUUGACUCAGGCGUCUACAGCAGUGUGUUAUUCUUGACUCUAAUGACCCUGCAAAGGCACAGGGUGCUAGUGCAUUCCCUGCCUGACGGAGGUGACAAAUGCACGUGUUUCGCUCUGUGUUUGUCAGUGUGCGCCUGGGUCGUCAGCUUUGUUGCGGCUUUGCCAGCGACAUUACACGUCAAGACACAGCCGUGGUAUGAUGAGGCUCACUGCAUGUAUGACAGCAUUGAUUGGCAACGUGCUGCAGCAUAUCAAAAAAUUGUAUUUUUCUUCAUUGUCUUUGGAAUUAUGUGUUUCUGUUACUCCAGAAUAUUGACGACUGUCCUGAAUUCACCAUCAAGUAAAAGAAUUCGGACAGUGAAAUUGAUUUCUGUCACUGUGGUUGUGUUUGUGCUAGGGUGGGCACCAUACAAUAUAGUGAUACUGCUUUGGACCCUAAGCCAUCUAGACCCUUUUAAAGACUGCAACUGGUCCAUAAAUCUGAAUUAUGCGAACUAUAUUACACAGUGUCUAGCCUACUCGCACUGCUGCCUCAAUCCUGUGUUCCACGCCUUCGUCGGAGUUACGUUUAGAACACACCUGAAAGUGAUUGUUCAGAAAAUCUUGCCAGCACCACAAGCCGCGCACUUUGCUACGCCCCAGCUACCAAUGUUUGGGUUGGACAGUGUCUCUGUCACCCGACUGCUUGUUGCUCUCCACCCGCUGUCCAGUGGCGCGGAGAGUGCCAUCGAGGGUCUUGGGCGAUGA